UUUUACGUUUCGAUAAAUUGAUUGCAAAUUAUAUGAAUCAUCUUGGAUCAAUCUGAAAAUGUGUUUGUGUGCAAUUAUGUCGAACUAAUCUGUGUAGCUCAAAGAUUAUCAGCACUCAUCUGCCAUAAUUUAUUCAUAUUCGCUGGAAUGUAUUUGUUUGUUUGGUUUUGUUUGUACCUUGGGCUCUUAGAAAGAUAUCAUAAAUCAAAAGAUAUCAUAAUAUCAAAAAUUAAAAGCAAUAGUUGUGACCUCUAACGCGAGAUGAUGACACAUGGUCUUAGCUGAAUAUGAACGGUUAUAAGGGGAAACCGGUCUUCAUUUGGGAUGCACCUGAAUGAAAAACGUUGGCAUACCCGCAGAAUUCAAACGUCUCGAAAGCGGAGAUUCAUUUUUAUUCAGAUCUAAAGAAUAAACCACGAAUCACGUAUUUUUCUUUUCGGUUUGUAAAAAUCCAGUAUAUAAACUGCAGAUCUACUAUGAGUCUUUUAUACAACGACAAAUACCGAGUUGUGAAGAAUAAACGACAAUUUAUCAAGGUAAGCGGCCGAAUCAGUUUUUUUAUUGUAAUGAAUCUGAUUAUUUAUGGCUUGAAAUUGAUACAAACUCACAUGGUCUCUGAUCUUUCGUAGCCUAGGCAUCUGUCAGAAUGGACCUUCAUCGUGUGGCCCUGCUGUGCACCUUUUUCUGCUUUGCGCAGGUGUGGUCAAGGCCAACAAACUGCAUCCUUCGUGAGGACUUGCUGAAGAGAUCCUACACAGUUAUAGAGACUGCGGGGGGGCUUUUCCCUGUGCAGUGCCUGGACGAAAAUGUUGUCAUACCUUUCCCCCAAAAUGCGUUCGAGUCUGACAACACGGAUCAGGUGACUGGUGUAGAAAAAUCUGUUUACCAGACACUUGAGAAUAUUAACGCACUGUUUGAGAAGUUUGAGGACUACACUGGUCCAGACCAGCGAUUUACAGAAAACUGGAAUGAGUUUCGAGGCCUCGUGUACCGGCAGAUUAAGGAGAGCAAAUGCAUCAAGUCUGAAGCGGCACAGGAUUUCCCCAGCAGAGAAGCUUCACUGAAGGUUUACUUCGAGACUAUAACCUCAACUCUGAAAGAAAAGGAUUUCAGUUACUGUGCAUGGGAAAUUGUCAGAAAAGAGAUUCUCCACACCUUGAAGUUCAUUCUGGAUGUCAACUCCAACGUCAAGUUCUUAAGAUAAUAAGUCUUAAGAAU